CUGGUGGAGGAUGUGAACCAUCGUCAACAUUCCUGCCUCGACUCCUCAAACUUUACUUUAUGAGUAGCAGGGAGUUAACAGCAGAAUCUUUAGGAAGCUGGGAAUAUGAUGAGGUAACUGACGUCUCAGAGGCCAGUCGUUCACUGCUCCAGGUUUCAUACACUGAACCUGUACAGAGACAGAGUAUUGUACCCACUCAACCUUCCAGUCUUCUUGGAGACAACUCAGAUAAAUGUCAACUAGUGUCUUUACAAGAAUCGCCUGAAAAGGAAUUAUCAUCAUCAAGUGUUGCUGCUCUCACUCAACAAGUCAUUAUGAGUACUGUAGAGGAAAACGAAUUUGAUCCAGAACUGGAAUCUGAACUGGCAUCACCGGUGGGUGAGGCCAUUCGUUCAACCUUUCAUGAGGGUCAUUCGGAGCCUCCUUCAACUAGUGGUGGUGGUGACAGUGGUAGUAGUGGAAUGCGAAGAGAGUCAAGGGAGGGAGGAACUAUGGAUGGCUCAUUGGAGAAUACUGAUGAUUUUCCUCCAGGUCCUUCCCAUGCUCCUCCUCCCCCUCAUCUUGCUCCCACUUCCCCCCUUCACCAAGAUCGUCCCAGCCUCCGAAUGGGGGGUUCUCAAGGUGACGAAACGGAUGAGGAUGGCAUAGAAGAACCAGCUGUGUUAAGUGAAUUAGGUGGUAUGGGAGGUCCUGGACAACCAAUGCCUCUUGCCCAUCCUGCAGGAAUGCCAGGUAGAGACGAUGACGAUGACGAUGAUGAUGAUGAUGAUGACGAUGAUGGUCGCGCUCCAGCCCCUGAAGGAGCAUAUGAUCCCGCUGAUUAUGAGCACCUCAGUGUGAGCCCUGAAAUUGCAGAACUGUUUUCCUACAUCACUCGAUACACACCUCAGGCCAUUGAACUGGAGCACCAUCUCAGGCCAUAUAUUCCUGAUUAUAUCCCAGCUGUUGGGGAUAUUGAUGCCUUCAUAAAGAUUCCACCGCCAGACAACAAAGUAACCCUCGUAGGUCUUGAAGUAUUAGAUGAGCCCAGUGCCCGUCAGAGUGAUUCUACUGUUUUAGAUCUUCAACUAAGAGCUUUGGCAAAACACACAACUGCUAAGAGCACGUCGGUGAAAACAGUUGAAAAUGCAGAGAAGAAUGGAAAAGUGGUUGAGAAAUGGGUGAGGGACAUAAGUGAAUUACAUAGAACUAAACCUCCUCCAACUGUUCAUUACAGCAAACGUAUGCCAGACAUUGACAACCUAAUGCAGGAGUGGCCUGGGGAAGUUGAAGAACUUCUGAAAGAAGUCAAUUUACCAACUGCUGCCUUAGAGCUUGAACUUUCUGCCUAUGUCGACAUUAUUUGUGCUACUCUAGACAUUCCUGUAUACAAGAGCAGGAUUCAGUCUUUACAUGUGCUAUUCACACUUUACUCUGUGUUCAAGAAUUCAGCACACUUCAGACAGUUAGCUGAAGACAACUACAUAGAAAAUGACGACUCGGUCGCUGAUCGUCUGGUCAUCCACCCUGUCUCACUUUGGCGCAGGGUGGCUGGAAUCAAGAACAACAGAGACUCUCCCUCACUUGAUGUUAUGUAUUCACAGUAAAUUCUAGAAAAAAAUAAUGACUGUUAUUCUUUAGUUUGAAUUUGUAGCAAACUUCAGCAAUUUUCUGUUGUUGAUGUAAUUUUGUGCACAUUUCAUAUACAGUACUGUAUAUAUACUAUUUAGGUAUGUAUUAUUUAGAAUGAGUACUGUAGUAUAGUAUAAGCCUACCCAGAUUAUACUUUACAAGCCAAAUGCUGAUAUUAGUAACAUUGAUCAAAAUAAUGUACUAUUAUUGUAUACUAAUUUUUAUGUAGUUUUAAUCUUGUCUUGAAUAUAUUAUUGAACAGUAUUCCCAGUCAUUCUUGAUCACUAAUUAACAAGUUUUUUAAGUCUUGUGUGUUAAACUGGGUGGUACAGGUAGUAGAGUUGUUGGCCUGAGGUGUACAAAUUAGUACUAUUGUGAGAGAAAUGAAUAGAUUACCCUUCUCCCAUUGAUGGUUAUUUGGCCACAUUCUUACUCUACCACUUUCCUAAUACUAUUCACUCUUUCUUUCUUUUAUGCCACAAUUUCUCUUAAUCCAUUACAAACACUCUCAACAAAUAAUAAAAAAUUUCUCUCCAAGUCAAGUUUCAAUUAUUUAAUGCUCUUAAUUCAUUUUUAGUGAUUCACUAGUUAUCUUAUUCAUCUUUUCCUAUACUUCUCAACUACUGCACGUAAACUUGAUAAGCGAAGUCUCGUUGUGGCCUUGUGUUAUUGAAUCUCUGUGUGAAAAUAUAUUUAAUGGUAUCUUGGCUAACAUGUAGAAUUAUUCAACUCAACAAGAAGUUUAGAUGUCACUGCAGGGCUGGGUUCAGUUGCAUGCUCUGUACACUAUGGAAAUUCGUAGCGCAUUAUGAACAGUUGUGGCAUCAUCUUGCACAACAUAAACAAAUCUGGGUGGUUGCUAAGUUACGCUUAUCAUGGCAUGGGUCUUGGAGGUGUCCUGCAGGAAUAAUGGCUUACCAUGCAGUUAUUUUAUUGAUUGCAAUGCAGUAAUUAUGUAUACUGUACUUGAGUCUUUGCAAUACUUACUGCACAUCUGUAUGUGUGUAUACAAAAUCAGUCACUGCAACGAUAUGCUUCUCCUCCAUUUGCAGUCUUUUUCGUUUAUAAACAUCUCGGCACUGUGGAGCUAUAUUCUACAUAGCAUUACGAAAACUUAUGAGUUCCCGACUAUGCUGCCGUUCAGUUGAAAAAGUAGUAUUAUGAACGUUACGAGUUAUGCAACUGAGCGCAUUCUAGUUUAAGAUUCCAAGUGAGUUGCAGGGGAGUAACAGUGCACAUUGAUCAAGUUUUUUACUGCAAAUGCUGAGCAUAAGGAUAGGGGUCAUUCUUGGAGGAAGGUACAAAUGAGGCCCUGCCUUCCGAACCCACCUUAUCGCCACAAAAAUCGAAAUGCUGUUUAUGGUGGAAGAUUGUAACAGGAAGUGUCUAGAAUCUGAUGGUGUGUGUCAUAAGCUGGUUGAGGAACUGAAAGGCUCUCAUAUCAUUAUGGGUAAAAAUUAUAUUGGACAUUGUAAUUGCUGAGCUGAAUUCAGUUUAUGCUCCAAGCAAGCCAGCCCAUCAUAUUGAGCAAUCACUGCGCCACGUUUUCCUCCCAGGCCCACGCUUAAAUCAGUACAUGCUCCCUUGUGGGAGUUUUUAUACUUACUUUUGUUGUUUGCGGUGUUAUACUGCAUCAACUAUAGAUCCAAGUGUUAACCCGGGGACCCCAGGUUUAAAUUCACAGUCUGAUGCAACAAAACAGUUUAGGAAUAUUGAAGAAAGGGGUAAAAUGAAGGCCAAAGCAUUACAGAACCUUGGCUUGGCCUACAAUUCCUUCUUCCUGACUUUCUUUUUUCCUGGUGGCAGGAUGCCUCUGGAAGGCUGUGCCUCAAAUGUUAAUACACAACAAUACAGUAUCUCUGUUAGCAGGAACUCUCCAAUACUGUACCCGGAAUUGAAAUUGGCUCAGAAUUUUUUCAGGGACAACUCUUCAAUUCAGGUCUGUGAAUGACUUUCUAGGGUUGAAAAUUAGGUGCAAUUUUUGGAAAAUUCCAAGAAAACCUCUCCAAAAUUUUCUGAUCCAGGUUUGGGAACACAUUUUGAGGGUGAAAUAAUGCGUAUGGGGAUGCCUGAUACGCUGAUGCAUCUCCCAGCUUAUCCAUUCUAAGCCCGGCAUCACAACACGCUUAGUUCAUAGUCCACUGCCAUUCUACAAGGUUAAUGCCUCGCUCCCUCCUGUUUUUGCGUAAAUUUCCAUUGUCCAGUACUGUACAUUACUAUACCAGGACACAGCCAGGAAUAUGGUGUUAAGACAUAAAACUGAUUACAGUGUGUAUUUUACUGUAACUUAAUAUUGUUUGUGAACACCUUACAUAAGGUAUCAUGCAUAGCAGAGUGGACAGUGUAUGCCUACUGUAUGCUCAAAACGACAGCAUCUGCUGGUGAGUACAGUAGUAGUUUACAUUACAGUAUUUUGUUUAUUUACAAUAUAUUGUUUGUGUACAGAUAUGUUUGCAUAAAUAAAUAUAGCUCUGUUUCUGUCCAUACGAAAUGAAUAUUUCAGACUCUCGGAAAACUUUACCCAUUACCCAGGAAAAUUCCAGGAUUUUUUCCGGGUUCGAGAGAUUCGUCUCGUUACCCAGAAAUCUCGCAUUCCUGGAAGAGCUCUGCAUCAGUUAUUCCGGCUAACAGGGAGACGAUUACUGUAGUGAGGGAGGGUUAAGGACAAAGCAAUGGUUUAGGUGUAUAUAUCUGUGAUACCAUGUUUCUGGACCUGAUUGUUAUAGACCACCUAGCAUAAGAAUGUAUAUACUACUUGUGAAUCCCCACUUAAAUGAAUAUGAACAUUUAGAAAAUAAUAUUAAAACUAAUAAACAGA